AUGGCGGAGGGUCGCGUUGUGCGGCCAUUGUUUGGGGCCCCGGCGGCCCUGAGAGCCGGUUCGUCAUGGGCCGGGACUUGGACAGGAGUUGCAACCAUUAGUGACUUCGUGUCUCGACCUUUGACCUUGUCCUGGCAGUCGCAUGAAUAUGAAUCAGGACGCUUGUUGGCCACACAACACUUCGUGCAGGGAGUUUGUUUGACGAAGGCAGUGGUCUACGGGUACCCUUCUUCGCCUACUUGGCCUCGUUCUCGUGCUUUGACCACUGAGUUGCUGGGAGUGGUAACUCAAGACAUUGUUUUGGGAGCACGGGGUCCCCGUAUCAUUGCGGGCGACUUCAACGCCAGUUCCACAGAGUUGAGUGUCUUUGACACUUGGAGACGGCUUGGGUGGCAAUCAGCCCAAACUUGGGCCUUGGAUCACUGGCAUCAACCCGUCCGUAUGACCUAUAAGGGCCAGACAGAGCCCGAUCAGGUGUGGAUGUCUCCGGAGGCUCAGGCUCUAUGCACUGCUGUUCGUGUUUUGGAUCAUUUCAUGGAGCAUUCUACAGUUCAGGUGCAGCUUGACAUGUUGCGCUCCCCUGGGGCGGUGUUGAGAUGGACAAGACCUUCAGUCAUUCCCGUCGCGGAGGUGGAUGACGCUUGGCCAUCUUCACAACCGGCCUCCUUGCCUGACUCUACGGACUCCGAUGUCUUGUUUCAGGUUUGGGCUCGCAGCUAUGAAUCCAGUUUUGAUGGACAUCUAUGCUCACAGCCAGGUAGUUCCUUGACUCCUCAACAACGAGGCCGUUUCCAGCAUUGUUCUCCUUCUCUUCAUCGUGUGUCGAAUGUGGUGUGUCGACCUAGUCGUGAGGGUGAAGUCCGUAUGAGAAAUUCUUUGCUGGGCACCUCGGUUGUGUCUUGGUUCCGCCAACUUCGACGAUUACAAUCUUAUGUGCACGCCAUACGGGCUGCCAAAUCCUCUUCCUCGGCUGUGGUGUAUCGGCUUGAGCUUUGGUCUGCGAUCUUAGCUGCUCGGGGCUUUGAUCACAGCUUUUCGUGGUGGUGGCAACACUUUGGUUGGGAGGCUGAUCCUUGUGCACCGGCCUUUUUGCCCUCGCAGCCCCCUGAUGUAGCGACGGCGGAGGCCAUUUUUGCGGCCUUUCGCUGUCGUUAUGAGCAGUUUGAAGCUUGGCAUCUGAACCAGAGGAACUCAAUGCUCAAACAAAAACAUGAUCGAACCCUGGGGGCGUUGUAUCAGGACUUGAGAAAACCUGCUCCAGAACAGUUGGAUGGCCUAUGUCAAGAACAGGUGUUUUCUGUGAUUGGCUUUGACAAUGCCACCCACCAGAUUCAAUUGGACGAGAUUCCAUCGUUGUCCGGCACGUCUACAUGGUAUCUGGAUGGAGAACCGGUCUCCCUCCUGCAUGAACAGGAUGAUCUUUGUACCUUGGUUCCUUGGCCUUUGGUGUCGAUUGACUCCACUUUGCUGCAACGACAAUUCUUUACCACCGCCGAGGAGGCUUGGCUGCAGCAUGUGGCUUUUGAGGCCUGUCGACGACCUUCCAUGACUGGCUUGCAGGGACUUGACUCCGCUUUGCUGGCUGAUUUACAUAAAGGAGUUUCGGCUCUUCAUCAUUCCUUGCAGUGUUCCUUACAUUCUGGCACCUUUGUUGAUGCUGCUCAUCAUGCCAAGUUUGACUUGGCCAAGACAGCUUGGUGCUCUCAGUGCGACUGUAAGGAUGAUCAAGCACACUGGUGGAGAUGUCCGAGAUUUUCUGAAUUUCGACGGAGGUCCCAGCUCACUCCGGAGAUUUUGGAAGCGGCUCCUUGUCAUGUUUCUUGGCAUCUUUUGCCUAGCCGUAAUCCCACAAGGCGGUGGUUUCGGGAGUAUUUUCAUAUGCGACCAAAUGAACUUGCUUUUGUGGGGACAGCGAUCCAGCCUUUGGAGCAUGUUUUCACAGAUGGUAGUUCCAAGAAGUUGGAUUGUGGCCUUUCCUAUGCAUCUUGGGCCGCAAUUUCGGCCUCGAGUGGUCAGUUGAUCUCUGCUGCUCAUUUGGCCGGAGUGGAUCAAACGGCGGCGCGGGCAGAGGUUUCCGCGGUUUUUGCGGCUGUUGAAUGGGGAGCUUGGCAACACAUACAACUGCAUUUGUGGGUGGAUUCACUUUUUGUUGUGGACAACCUGCAUUAUUUGCUGCGUACUGGUCAUGUCCCCUUGCACUGGAAACACCGCGACCUGUGGGGCCGCAUUCAUACAGCUUUGGAACAGUCCGAAUAUCCCCCGUUGGUGACUUGGAUUCCUUCUCACAUUGAUCCGGAGGCAUGUGAGGAUCCUUGGCAGGAUUGGGUGGCCGCUUGGAAUUCUAAGGUGGACCUCUGCGCAGGUGAGAUGAAUGAACGAAGAUCUGCAGAGUUUUGGGAGCAGGUGACUCAGGCCGAGGAGUAUCACCGGACUACUUUGACUUUGCUCACUCAGGUUCGUUCUUUUUACUGCCAUGUAGCUGCCUCUUCUGCUGAGUCAUCUACUGAGAGAGCUCAGGUUCCUGAGAGUACCGCAUCUUUUGAUUUUGAAUGGGUGAUAGAUCGGAAUGCUUUGUCCAGCCAGCUUCCGCCUGUUUUUGAACCCAUGCUUGAGCGUUGUGCAGUUACUUUACCGCUCACCUUUUUGAGCUCUUUACUCCAUUUGUUUUUGAGGUGGGAAACUCAGGCUGAUGGUAUGUAUGGCUGUAGUUUUGUUGAGCUUUUGGUUCUUCUUCAGCAUCAGGGUUUGCCUUUUCCCCUGUGUAACCCAUCUACAAAUCAAUGGGAGCUUGUUCCAUUGGCCCGAAUGCCAGUGCGACCUACCAUUUCCAGUUUGAUUCGAUUGUUGCGUGUUGCGAUCGGUUCGAUUGCGGAGGUGUUUGAUAUUUCGGAGAUGCUUUCUUUGUCUUUAAACAAACUGGAACUGGGCAUUUCAGCACCAGUGGCUGGAAUCUUUUUGAUGCUUCCGGCUGCGCUUGUGCGCCAUGCUCGUGGUGGACUGCUUACCAUCACCCGUGGCUGGCCGCUCAGACGGGCGGCUGACUAUGCUCGUCCUUUGCCACCUGGGCAUUCGAUGGGCUAG